UCUGUCCAGUCUCGGUGCGUCAAAGUUGUCACAUGGGUGUACCCGCACACUGUAUAAUAAGCUCGCGAGUUCCGAUUUCCGACACACAAAUGUGAGAGCCAAGGGUUGUACUACUUCGAGCUUGUGCAAGUUAGUUUGAAAAAUGAACGCGUCGGCUGCUGCUGCGACAAGUAGUUAUUAUUGACCGUGGGUCGUCGUCUGUCGUCGUUGAUGUGUGUUUGAAACUUCGAUCAUUGUCAUGGGUGAUUUAAACUAUCGCGAAUUGAAUCGGCGAGCCGUGCCCUCGAAUUUGGCCUGGGAAAGCGGAGAGGCAGCGGCUGGAGGUCACCCUUACCCGUACUCGGGUUAUCCCAGUGUCUAUCGUGGACGCGAGGUUAUACAACCUCUCGAGGUACCAAAUUAUCAUCCACUCGUUGAUGAUAAUCCACCUGAUAAUGACGAAGUUGUCAAACAUUAUAUCGGUAGGGGAUGUGGCCUGGCAAGUUUAAUAACAGAAAAUUUGUUGAUACAUCCGUUUCUCGUGCUGAGACGACAAUGCCAGGUAAAUCCAGUGUCAAAGAAGUAUCACGUUAUACCCAUCACCCUCAUUCCAGUCAUGAUGAGGCUUCAUCAGACGCAAGGAUUAAAUACCCUCUGGAAGGGUAUAGGUUCUGUCUUGAUAGUUAGAGGAUUGACUCUAGCUGUUGAAGAUUUAGUCUCUAAAGUUACCCCUUGGCCAAAGGAAAUCAGUCAUUUAUCGUUCAAACAGAUUGGACAACAUCUACUUUUAAAAGCUGCAUCGAUUGCUAUUGUCACACCUUUCUAUUCAGCUUCUUUAAUUGAAACUGUUCAGUCUGAAGUGGCAUCCGAAAGACCAGGAGUCUUGGAUGUAUUCCGGGAUGGAGCUAUCAGGUUACUUGAAGUUGGAACUAAAGGCAGGCUUAUUCCAAUUUACGCACUAAUACCUCCCACUGUGGCCUGUGGCAUCGCAAAAUAUCUUUUUGCUAUUUCAGUUAAAACUGUAGCUAGCCAUAUUAUGAGAACAAGACACAAAUAUUCUCAAGAAAUAAGAGGAGCUUAUAGCAGAGAAAUAAUAUCUGAAUCCACAGCUCAAGAUAUUGAAAUACAGGCUGUUUUAAUCUCAAUGUUUACAGCAGAUAUUGUUUUUUAUCCAGUUGAAACGGUUAUUCAGAGAUUACAUUUGCAAGGAACACGCACUAUUGUAGAUAAUUUAGAUACUGGGUGUAGUGUUAUUGCACUAGGAACAGCUUAUAGUGGAGCAGUGGAUUGUUAUAAAAGUAUCUUAAGUACUGAAGGCCCAUUUGGAUUUUAUAAGGGAUUUGGAGCGUUAGUAAUGCAGUUUGCUGUGCAUAUUAUGGUUUUAAAAGCUACUAAAUGGGUUUUAACAGAACUGGGCCCAAUGCUAAGACCAGCGCCAAAACCAAAAUCAGUAAAACAACCCCCUCCGCCUUACUACAAUGAGAUAUAAUUUGAAUAUUGACUAACAUUAAUUAUGAAAUUUGAUUUUUACUUUUGCUUAGCAAACCUCCUAAAAUGAUGUAAAUCGAAAAUUUUACAAAUUUUAAUAAUUUUUUGUACAUACUGUAGAAUUAAUUUUUGGAAAUUCAAAAUA